AUGGCUACCAAUGGCCACUUUGCCUCGAUUGGCGUCGAGAGCAAUAAGACAGCAUAUGAACAUGGAGUGCAGGUGAUUGAUGAGAAUAAGGAAUUCAAUCCGAACCUGUCUAAGUACCUGGGCAUUGAAAACGUCACACAUGCCGGCUUCAAUUAUCAUCUCAUCUCCGUCUUCGGUUCGCAGUCGACUGGUAAAUCCACACUGCUCAAUCAUCUCUUCGGAACCCACUUCUCUGUUAUGUCCGAAUCGGAGAGACGACAGACAACAAAGGGUAUUUGGAUGUCCAAAAAUAAGAAUGAAGACGCUUCGAUGGCGGACAACAUCCUAGUAAUGGAUGUCGAGGGUACAGAUGGUCGUGAGAGAGGAGAGGACCAGGACUUUGAGCGCAAGUCUGCUCUCUUUGCGCUGGCGACCAGUGAGGUCCUCAUUGUCAAUAUCUGGGAACAUCAGGUGGGACUGUACCAAGGCGCAAAUAUGGGUCUGCUCAAAACUGUUUUUGAAGUCAACUUGCAAUUGUUCCUGAAGGACAAGAACACCACUCAUCGGUCCCUGCUGUUCUUCGUCAUUCGCGAUUUUGUCGGGAACACGCCGCUGAAGAAUCUACAGAAGACCCUGAUGGAAGAUAUGUGUCGCUUGUGGGACUCGAUAUCGAAGCCCCCCGGCUUAGAAAACUCGACGGUACACGAAUACUUUGACUUCCAGUUCUACGGGCUUCCGCAUAAGGCCUACCAGGCAGAGCAAUUCGUGGCCGAGACAAAGAAACUCAGCCAGCGCUUCCGCGAUGGUCAGAAGGAUGCUAAUCUGAAUGCGCUCAAGGGUGAGUUCUCCGAAGGAGGCGUCUUCCUCCCCGAAUACCAUCGACGGAUCCCAGCGGAUGGAUUCUCGGCAUAUGCAGACAGCAUCUGGGACCAAAUUGUCAAUAACAAGGACCUGGAUCUCCCCACUCAGCAAGAGCUGCUUGCGCAAUUCCGCUGUGAUGAAAUCCUGAGAGAAGUUAUGGUUAGUUUCGACGAAGCAAUUAUACCGUUCGAAGAUAAGCAGUCACAAGCCUCUCGCCUGGGCGAGCCUGAGAUUCUCGGAGGGCUGGGAGCUGCGAUGCGCUCAUCGCGGACCAAGGCUCUGAAGAAUUUUGAGACCGCAGCCAGCCGGUAUCACAAGGGCGUCUACCAGCGCAAAUGGGCAGAGCUUGGAGGCAAGAUUGAUACCCGCCUGAAAGCUCUUCUCCAUUGCCAACUUAAUGCAACCCACAAGCUUGGAAUCAGUGAGUUUAGCGAGGCGGUCUCAGCGGCCGUCAAAGCGGGACAGAAGAAGGGAACUGGGUACGACUUUGCCGAGAUCGUGAAGGAGGAGACGCAGAAAGCUUUGCAGAAGUUCGAGGAAGUUGCUCGUGCCACUGUAGUGGAGGGCACAUCCUGGAGUGACUACGGGCAGGAGAUGACCCUGUAUGAGAAGGAGCUUGCAGAAGUCAGCGCGAGGUUGAGAAGGGAUGAGAUGCGACGUUUGGCCACCCGGGUUGAGCGAUGGGUUCAGUCACGCCUAGGUGAAUCCGUGGGCGUCGAGUUCAAUGCUCUUGGAUCUGGACGGGCCGGGGGCGGUGCUCCCGAAGAGGGUGAAAAGCUGUCCGAAAAGGUUUUCUGGGAUCGGGUAUGGAAUGUAUUUGUCGAGAUAGUUCUUGACGCUGAGCGCAGAUUUACGGACCGUGCCAGCAGCUUUGAUGCCAGCCUGGAAGAGGUUGAUGUUGGGCUGUGGAGGCUUCGGAGAAAGUCCUGGGGUGUCCUGCGUACUAAGGUCGAGGAGGAGAUGAUGGAGGGUAACUUAUUACUGAAGCUUCGUGAGAACUUCGAGGACAAGUUCCGCUAUGACGAAGCUGGUGUUCCCAGGAUCUGGCGCCCAACCGAUGACAUUGAAGGCAUCUACACUCGUGCGCGCGAGUCGACUCUGACCCUGAUACCACUUCUGUCUAAGUUCCGUCUGGCUGAGACGUCCGCUCCGCCCCCGCUAGAUCGCUGGAUCGGACACACCCCUAGCUCUGCCACCCCGGCCGACGAGGAAGAUCUGGCCCCGAUUGGCGGAGUGGACGAGGAGGAAGGCAAGAGUUUGGAGGAAGAGAUGACUAUUCUUAGCGAUGCCAAGCGACAAGAGCUUAUUGUGCGGUUCAAGAAGGCUGCGGAUGGAGUGUACGUCGAAGCGAAACGGAGCGCCAUCGGUGGCAUGACCCAGGUACCCCUCUACUUUUAUGGUAUCCUCCUUGCACUUGGCUGGAACGAGAUUCUUACUGUUCUCCGUAACCCCGCCUAUUUCGUCCUCCUCUUUGUUUGCGCGGUAGCGGCGUAUGUGACAUACCAGCUUAACCUAUGGGGACCUAUCAUAAAGAUGACCGAAGCUGCUUCGAACCAAGCUUUGGUCGAGGGCAAGAAGCGACUACGCGAAUUUCUUGAGUCCUCCGAUACAGGGCGACAAGCCAUCGCUAUGUCGACUCCGGGAGCCAGCUCAGGGCGCACGGGGGAGCAGCACGAAAUGUCGCACCUCAACAAACAGGGCAAAGUGACGGAUGAGGACGACUUGUAG